UUCAGUUUGUUUUCAGUUAAAAUGAUUGUUCAAUGCCAAACAUCGUUUGACUCCAUAGGUUUCCCAAAGCAGUUCCGGAGAAACUGAUGUGUUUUUUAAAUAGCCUAUGUUUUGGUAUUUUCAAUGGAAGAACAUUUCUUAGCCCGUUAGUUUCCGUGAUCGUUAUAUUAGUAAACAACUCGUCAAACAUGUUAUCUUCGGUUACAAAGGGAAACGGGACCAAACGACUUGAAGACUGGAUCCGGUCCAGCAACCCUAACACCGGCUGCAGCGGAGGAGUUUCAUCAUGGAUCAUUCUGUGGUGAGAAAGGAGGAGCAGCAGGAUGGAGUGGCCCUCCACAUCCUGGAUCAAGAGGGAACAGGUCCUGAGGAACAGGAGCUUCCAUACCCAGCCCUGGCUCCGGUUGUUCUACUGUGCCUCAAACAAACAACAACACCUCGUAGUUUGUGUUUGCAAAUGAUCCACAGUCCUUGGUUGGAUUAUUCAUCCAUACUGACGGCCCUGCUCACCUGUGUGACUCUCUGCAUGUACCAACCCAAUGGAGAGCACAACAUCUACCUGGGGAUUGUUAAGGCUUUGUUCUUUGCGUAUUUCAUCGUGGAAAUGGUCAUCAAGAUGGUCGCCCUGGGGGUCGUUGGCUAUCUUUCCAACAGCUGGAACAAGUUUGACUUCUUCAUCAACUCUGGAGAGGUGUUGGACUAUAUUCUUGCCCGCUACGGCUUCCACUGGCAAGUCUUUCAAGCUCUCCGACCGAUCCGACUGUUCAGCAGAAUACCAAGCAUGCAAGUCUUGGUAGCCGGACUUGUUGACACCCUGCCCAUGCUUGCCAACGUCCUCUUCCUCAACAUGUUGGCCAUUCACAUCUUCUCCGUUGUUGGGGUUCAGCUGUGGGCAGGUCAGCUGCGCAACCGCUGUUUCCUGGGAGAGGAUAUUCCUACAAAGUACAACGUGUCCCUGAGUUCAUACUUUAUUCCAAAGUAUGGUCAAAAGUUUGAAUUCAUCUGUGCGCCUGACAACAAGGAUGGGAUGCAGCGCUGCAGUCACAUCCCUCCUUACAGAGUGGAUGGAGAAACCUGCUCAAUGGAUGCUACCCAGCAUGCUUCAGCUGCUGUGAAUGGAACCAGUGGCUGCAUCGACUGGAACCAGUACUAUAAUGUCUGUCGUGCAGGGGACACCAAUCCGUACAUGGGAGCAAUCAACUUCGACAACAUUUUCUUCUCAUGGAUAACCAUAUUCCAGGUGGUCACACUGGAAGGAUGGUCGGAGAUCAUGUUUUAUGUGAUGGAUUCCCAUUCCUUCUGGACUUUUCUCUUCUUUGUUUUUGUAACAAUGAUUGGCUCUUUUGUCAUGAUGAACGUGUGCGCCGUGGUGAUCGCCACCCAGUUUUCAGAGAACAUGGAGAGGAAGACAGUAGUUCAACUUGCUGGCACUGUGACAAUCGCAGACAUCUUCAACAAGUUGAAGUGCUUGGUGACGGGGAUGCUCUUGAGAAUGAAACGUGAAAUUCAGAACAGAGUGCACCCUAGAGGCAGAGAUGACAGGGUUGAUACCUUGGGCCAGGCCUGGAUACCCUACAAGAGGAUCCUUAAGAGGACUGUUGAAAGUACACUGUUUGACAGACUCAUCAUGCUUGUUGUGGUCUUCAGUGUGGGGGCCUUGGUUUUCGAGCACCAUGAGCAGCCCGAGAAGUUGACACAGGUGUUACGGAUCUGUAACAUCAUCUUCACCAUCAUAUUUCUCAUGGAGAUGGUUGCAAAGUUGUUGGCUCUCAAGUGGGAGUACUUCAAGGACUGGAACGACAACUUUGACUUUGUCCUCGUUAUCAUCAGUUUGUGGGAGGUCAUUGGUAAAGCUGAAGGCAAACCAUCAGUCCUGCGGUCAUUGCGUUUACUACGGUUUGUGAGGCUUCUUCACUUCCUGCCUUACCUGGAGAGACAGCUGCGGGUGCUGAAGAAAACUUUUGAAGAGGCAUCUGCUCUCUUCCUGCUACUGCUGUCUCUCAACUUUGUUUUCAGUGUUCUGGGUAUGCUUCUGUUUGGUGGUAAAUUUCAGUUCAAGACCAAACAUGGAGACAUCGUCCCUGACCGGAAAAACUUUGACAACCUACUCUGGUCCAUGGUCACCGUGUUUCAGAUUCUGACUCAGGAGGACUGGAAUCUGGUGCUGUACAAUGCCAUGUCCACCACAUCGCCAUGGGCCAUUCUCUACUUUGUUGUGCUCAUUAUGGUGGGAAAAUAUGUCCUUCUGAAUGUUCUUGUGGGCAUAGUGGUUCAGAGCUUUCAGGACAUUUCCAGUCCAUCCAGCGCAUCCUCUGAGACUGACCCCAGCAGGCCCUCUGUGACAGACCCCGCCCCUGACCUUGCACUGCCAGACACCAGUGAGGACGAGAGAACUUUGAACUUCAUCCAGAAAGUUCUCCAUUGGUGCAAAGACCAUGACGAGUGGUCACUCUACGUGUUCUCCCCAAGGAACAGGUGCCGUAUGAUUUGCCGACGCAUGGUCUCUCACAGCAUGUUCGACCACGUGAUCCUACUCUUCAUUCUCCUCAGCUGUGUCACCAUUGCUAUGGAGAGGCCAGGGAUAGAUCCCAGGAGCACGGAGCGACUGAUCCUCAAUGUGUCCCUGUACGUGUUCUCUGCUGUGUUCCUGGUUGAGAUGCUUCUUAAGGUUCUAGCUCUGGGUUUACUCUUUGGGAAGGACAGCUACUGUCGCUCUUUGUGGAACACCAUGGAUGGUUUGUUGGUGAUUCUGUCUCUGGUCCACAUCUUUGUCUCUCUGGGCAAUGCGGGCAAAACCAACAUGCUGAGCAUCCUCAAGGUUUUACGUCUGCUGCGCACAUUUCGUUCACUGAGGGUGAUCAAGCGAGCCCCCAAACUGAAGCUGGCUGUGGAAUCUCUCAUCGCUGCAGUCAAACCCAUCGGGAACAUCGUUCUUAUUUGCUGCAUGUAUUUUUUUUUCUUUGGCAUUCUGGGGGUGCAGUUGUUCAAAGGAAAGUUCCACCACUGCCUGGGUCACGACAUCAGAAACAUCACCACCAAGAGUGAAUGUCUGGCUGCCAACUAUCGCUGGACACGAAAGAAGUUCAACUUCGACAGCUUGCCUCAGGCUCUGAUGUCCUUGUUUGCGAUGUUCUCGACGGAUGACUGGGUGAACAUCAUGUAUGAUGGGCUGGAUGCUGUUGGAGUAGGCAAACAGCCGGUGAAGAACUACAAUGAAUGGAUGCUGCUGUAUUUCAUCUCUUUCAUGGUCAUGAGCUUCUUUCUCCUGGACAUGUUCAUCGGGGUGAUGGUGGAGACCUUCCACCAGUGUCAGCAGGAGCAAAGAGCAGCAGAUGAAGUGUCACUAGAGGAGGGAGGAGGAGAAGUGCAAGCGCAGCACAGAGAACCUGAGCAGGUUCCCUAUUUCACAAACUACUCCAAGUUGCGUCGAUGGAUCCACACUCUGUGUACCAGUAGCUUCCUGGACCUCUUUGUGACCACCACCAUUUUCCUGAGUGUGUUGGUGAUGGCUGUGGAACAUUAUAACCAGCCUCAGUAUGUAGAGAAACUAACAGAGUAUUCCUACUAUGUGUUCACCGUCAUCUUCGUCAUCGAAGUCCUGCUUAAGUUGGUGGCGUUUGGUGUACUGAGGUUCAUGAGAGACAGCUGGAAUCUGCUGGACAUCAUUGUAGUUGUGAUUUCCAUACUCAGCAUCAUCUUCAACAAGAUGAACAUGGCGGACAAAAUGCCCAUCAAUCCCAGCAUCCUGAGAGUUUGCAGAGUGCUCAGACUGGCACAAGUGCUGAAGGCCAAAAAGAUAAGAGUUCUGCUAAACACCGUCAUCAAGACUCUGUUGCAGGUUGAAAAUAUUUGUCUACUCUUCAUGUUCUUUUUCUUCAUCUACGCUGCGCUGGGAGUGGAGCUGUUUGGCAGGCUAGAGUGCACAGAGGACAACCCCUGCCUGGGUUUACAUCGGUACGCCAACUUCAAGCACUUUGGGGCGGCCCUGCUCACGCUCUACCAGGUGUGCACCGGAGACAACUGGAGUGGGAUUCUGAAAGACACAUUGAGGGAGUGUCCUCCAGGGAGAGAUGGCUGCUCCAGCUACAUGAACUUGGUCUCCCCUGUCUACUUCAUUACCUUUGUCAUCAUGGCCCAGUUCGUGCUAGCAAACCUGGUGGUUGCAGCCAUCAUGCAGGCUCUGGAGGACAGCAAGCAAGAGGACCAUGUUAGACCUCCAAGAAACCAAGGCCAGAUGAUUGUGGAUCCUGCUGUCCCAGCCCCCGAACCUUGAACCCAGCUGGGGAUAGAUUUGGUGAUCUUCCUGAUGAAAUCACCAACAGCUUCUUUUUAUCUGACACAAAUGUUUUUUUCUUAAAGUUCAUUAGCAAUGUGUAAUUUACAUAAACCAAAUACUCUGAUUUUGUAGCUUGAUAAUAUUUAACUGAACAUGUGAUUUAAUUUUUUUAAACAUUGUAUUGAGUCGAAUCUUUAAUCUUUGUGGAUGAAUUGUAUUUGUAUCUGUAUAGUUGUGUUAAUGCUUUAAUGUUUCUGUGAAUCUGAUCUAAUGUUUUUGUAACAGUUUGUUUUGAAUGUUUAAUAAUUUUAUGAAGCACUUUAACAUAAACUAUGAAAGUUU